GUGUCAGCGGUUGGAAACUGAAGCAAUUGAAAGCCACUCGAUUUUACCGAGCAACUUGCGUGCGGACUUGAAUUUAGGCCCUUAUUUGGACUUUGCGUGGGCUUCCAGCACACUUUGCGCUUUUUUGAUACUUAACACAGAUAGUUAUACCUAGCAUACUAUAUAUAGUGUGGUGCGUUUCGGGGCUUGCAACAUUCAACCAUUCAACGCUUCCUGGAGGCCUGUAGACUGGGCACGCCACGGAGAAAUGCGCCACCUGUGGGAGCGUGGGCGAGGCAGAGGAGCUCCGGUGGGAUGUCAGGCAUACCGGUUAGGACUCAGUCUGUGAGGUGGCUGCAGGUCCUGCUGGGUGGCCUGCUGCUGCUCUACUUCCACCUCCACUUCUUUGCGAGCGCCACCCGCCGCUACAAGGACUGCUCGGUGGCAUGGGUCAGCGUGGAGCAGGAGGCGCAGUCUAGGCAACAGCCACAGCAGGAGCAGGGGCAGGGGCAGAGGCAGCAGCAAGGGCAGGGGCAGCAGCAGGGCCAGCAGGGCCGCGAGCGCGGCCAGGUCCAGGGCGGGCGGAAGGAGCUCAUAGAGCGACGGCGCGUGCAUGCUGCCAGCGGCGGAGGCGGCAGCAGCACUUCGGGCGCUGGCGAUGCCACUGCGGGGCGCAAGCUGGACAUAGUCUUGGUCUCCAUGUCGUCAGGGACUCCGGCCACAAGUACAGACAGCCCUUUGGGCGAAGCGGGCGCAAAAGCUGACGCUAGCCUGCGCUUGCGGGAAUCGCCGCUGCUGCAGCCAGGAAGAGACGCUUCCGUAAUGAACGCGCGCGCGGCUCAGUUCUCUGGGUUGCUGGACAUCACAGGGCCCAACAAGCAGCAGUACGCGGCGCUGCACGGCUACCGCUACGUCGAUGCCAGUGACCUGCUGGACCGCUCGCGGCCUGCCUCUUGGAGCAAGAUUUUAGCCGUGCUGUCGGUCCUGGACUCGUGUGACUGGGUGUUCUGGGUGGACGCUGACACACUCAUCACCAACAUGAGCACGCCCCUGGAGCGACUGCUGCCAGCGGGGCCGGCCUGGGCUGCGGCGGCAUCAGCGGCAACAGUAGCGGGAGCGGACGCAGCCGACAUGGCUGAUGCGGUGGCAACAAGAUACGGUCUGGGGCUUGGAGAACCGGACCUCAUCCUGACGGCGGACUCCACAGGCGUGAACGCGGGCGUGUGGCUGAUACGCGGGCGCGGCUGCGCCUGGUGCCGCUCCUUCCUGGCCCGAUGGUGGUCCAUGGAGUCAUUUAUCCGGCAUGACCCACACGACUCCAAGUCCGGUGACAACGAUGCGCUCAAACACAUGGUGGCCAACAUGGACAGCUCUGAGCUGGGGGCACACGUGGGCAUCGCGCCACAAUGUGCGUUCAACUCAUACUUGUGGCGGCCCUCGCUACGCAACUGGCUGCGGUACCUGUACAACCCGCGCCACAUCCUCACAGGUCUGUGGCAGCCCGGCGACUUCCUGCUCCACCCGGCAGGGGUGCACCACAAGAAGGACGUGCUGCUGCGCUUCCUGCGGGAUCAGCAGCAGCACACACGGCUUGCCCUUUCGGGCGCAUUCACGACUGUGAUGCAGGCCGCGGCCGGUAGCGUCAGCAGGGGCAGCUUUGAUGCUGGCGGAGGCAUCAACAGCAAUAGUGCGGUUGGAGGCAGCGGUGGCAAUCGGAAUGUGCUGAGGUUCUAAGGAUAGGGUGGAGAGGCUGCAAUAUGAGGGAAAGGGCGCGGAGACAAAGCUGAUGACUCAUGGUGGUGCAUGCCGUAUGAUACUGGCAUCAGAUUUGGUACCGCCCACGUGAUGCAGAUAGCCCUAUGGUGGAUGUGCGCUGCCAUUGCCUGUUCUCUGAGAGCUGUUCUACUGUGAGCCUAACCUGAACUCCAAAAGUACCGUGUCCUUUAAUGUUCAUCAAAGG